CUUAGUAAUAGUUAUUGUAUAUUUUUAUCGUCUCGUUUUUAUAUAUAUAUAUAUUAAGAUGCUGUAGUGUUUUGCCUAGUUUGUCAUCCGUGUAUUAUUUGUCUCUUGACUCUUGUUUAUGUUCCCAAUGUCCCCAUGAUCGUUUGUCGUGUGUUUUUUCUUUUUUUAUUAUUGUCAUUAUUCCUGAAAUUUGCAAAUUGUUACUAAUAUUUGUCGUUGGUUAUCCAUCUUAUUUUAUGGUUCUUUUGUUUAUGUGUAAGUCUAGAUUUUAUUUUAUAGUUUUAUACGUUGGUUCAGAGUUGAGAUUAGUAUUGUGGUACUGUCGUGGCAGAAGAAUUCUGGUAACUAUUUUUUUUCUUUAACAGAGUAAUCUCCUCUUUUUUUACAAUUCCCCGUGGAUCCAAGCACUCCGAACGCGAACAGUCGCCUGACUCGUCUCUAUGUGUUACGCAAUUGUACGUGUUUUUUUUUGUUUUAAGUAAAAAAUUUUAUUAAUCCAAAAAAAAAUAAUUAGUACAUUUAUUUUUAUUUAUAAAUGAUAGGUAAUUUCACUAACAACGAUUGGUAGUACUUAUUCGGUUUAGGACCUUAAUCAUUUCUCGGGUCCUUAUCAUUUUUCGGAUUAAUGCUAGCCACCGGAGAAUAUAGUAAAUAAUUAUUCGUGAUUAAACUUUAUUUUGUGAUUAAAAAAUAUUAUAAAUUAAACAUUAAACGUUAUAUUCUGUUUUUUAAUUAUUAUUUAUUAAUACAAAAUUCAAAAUUAUUAUAAAUUUGUUUACAUAGUAUACGAUGCUGUUAGUAGCUUAUAUCCAUAUUUUAGUUAUUAGUUAAUUCGUGGUAAAUAUUAUUAAUACCUAUUUGUCAUACACAUUUUGAUUUUUAAUAAUAAAUUCGGUGUAUCGCUUAUAGUUUUCUAUACAUAAUUACAAACUGUUAAAUUGUCCUACACCUAAAGAAACUAUUUACCAAACUUACUUUUUUCUUUCACAUUUACUUCUUUUAUACAUACGUGAAUACAAAUAAUAUGGAGUUGAAUCCUAUGCAAGUUGCCUUAAAUACCGUUAGAACAUUAAGGUUGGAGUUAAUGCAGCUUAUUAUUGAAAUUGGUGAAGGAGUUAAAGAAGAUGGUUCACAAACAGACACAAAAGAUAAUCGCUAUAUGUAUUCUAUGAAUGAAAUGGUUGGAAAACUUGGACUUCAUAUGAGAGAUCUUGAGCAAGUUGUUGGGUCCUUAUCAAGUCCUCCAGGUGCUAUGUUAUUGUACAAUACAUCAUUUUUAACGCAAGAAAGUACAUCUGAUCGACAAGCAUUAUACACUCCUCUUGUGUCUUCUCAUAAAUGGCUUGAUAAAGUGCAUAAAUUUAGUUCAAAUGCUGUACAAAUUUUAAGCCAUAAUUCAUUAAAAAAAUCAUACUACAAUUCCAGUACUAAUAAAAAAAAGCGACAGCAGUCAAGUUUACAUAAUAUAUCACCACAAGCUGUUGAUGUACUUUUAACUAAUAUUGAUCGUAUGUUUCCUGAUAUGAGUAUUACAAUAACAAGACCCUGUGCAUCAAAUGUUGUCCUAUUGGUUGGAUUAAGUAGAGUUUUACAAGCCAUUAUAUCAUUUAAAGGAGUUAUGAUUGAAUGGGUUAUUGUUAAAGGAUUUAAUGAACCUAUUAACCCUAAUAGUUUACAACAAGAGCUUUGGCAAGAAUCAAGAUACCAUGUUUUUCGUAAGAUAACUGAUCAUGCUAAUGCAGCUAUGUUACAUUUCUCUUCACCAACAUUGCCAGAUCUUUCAGUUCGAUCAUUCAUGACAUGGCUCAAUAGUUAUUUGAUAUUAUUCAAUUCAGUAUGUAAAGCAUGUGGAAAUCGAUUGCUUAAUGCAUAUCCUCCAACUUGGAGAGAUCUAAGAUCAUUAGAUACAUACCAUUAUGAAUGUAAACCAUAAUAUUACAUUCAAAAUAUAUUUUAAGUUAUUUAAUAACUUAUGAUUAAUAUUAAUUUAACCUUAAACAGUUAUAAUUUUAUAAUAAAAAUAAAUGUAGUUUUUGAUAUUUAAUAUUAAGUAACAUAAGCAAACUAUUUUAUAAACAAUUUAAUAAUCACAUAUUUUUUAUUGUUUUGUGAUCUUGUAUUAAAUUAAAUACCAUAAUUUAAUUUUUAUUUGAUUCUAAUUGUGACUUUUUUUGUAGUUCAUAAUUUAAUGUUUUGAUUUUAUUAUGUCUGUAGUUCUUAAAUAUCAAGUUAUAGUUUUCAAUUAUUUUAUGGUGCAUAUAACUAUUAAGUACUAGUAAAUACUAAGCAGUAACUAGUGAACUGUGAAGAUUGUAAGGUACUUUUCAGUUAUCACACUCCAGUAGUCAAUAUGCAGGAUAAUGGAAAUUUCAAUUCUAUUUUCGUACUUAUAACUAUUUAGUAUUUAUUUGUGGGAUUAUAUUUGUUUUUUUUUUUUUUUAAAGAUACAAAAUAUGAUGAUAAUAAUAAGUUAAUUAUUAUUAGUUCAAUAUCAUUGAUUAAAUAUGGUUAAGUAUAUUUAAUCAAUGUUAAUACUUAUAAUACAGUAAUUAAACUUCUUUAAUUUUUAAAAUAAUGAAUACGUCAUGUUGAAAAUGAAAAUAAAAUGUAAACAAUUGAA